AGAAAACAAAAUUUAAUAGAAGCAGCACCAUAAAAAGCAGUUUUUCUUUGCUGUGUGUUGACACCCGACAGCACUUGUCGAAUACAUCGCUUUAUUUCACCUCAUACGUUAUUUGUUUAUUUAUUUACUGAUCUCAAAGGCAGCGGCAGCAACAACAGAAAGAAAACUUCAAUCCUUUACAAGCGAAAGCAUGUUUGCCGGUCACACCUUCUAUGUGUCCCUGACGACGUCGCCUCUCACCGUGGCGGCGUUGACGCAGCGAGGCGGGAGUGUAGUGUACGACGUGGACCGCGCCACAUCCAUCACCUGCGUUGUGAUUGCGAAUGAAAAUGUUUGCAGCAACGCUGCGGCGUCUCCGGCGGCGCCACCGUGCUCUUCGUCUUCCGCCGCCAUGCGUGGUGGACGUGGCUGGGCAGUUCGCAACAAAUUGCCAGCCUCUGCAGAGGACCACAUCCGCGCCGCGCGCGUGCCGGUGGUGUACGAGUUGUGGGUACAUCAGUGCGUGCGGGCAGGUCGGCCACUCCUGCCGUGCCAAGGUGGCCCAGAUGUGGUGGCCUACAACCCGUUUUUGUUUGCAGGGCUUCGCUUCACCACCACGCAGCUUCCGCUGCAGCUGAAGGCAAACAUUGUAGCCAUUUUGCAGUUUUACGGGGCCGAGUACCACCGCCACCUGCUCGACACAACAAACACAGUGGUGUACAGUCACAUGCAGUUCAAGGGCGUCAGCAGCAGCGCAAAUGUGUCCUCUUCCUCCUCAAUCGACGCGUGCCCGUCCGGUGCAGUACCCCAUAAGUCGCCGCCAGCCGCAGCCACGACACCUACGGUCACAGAGGCUGCCGCAGCACCUCUGACGAAGCUCUCGGUGGCGCGUGAGAGGGGCAUGGCAUGUGUGACGCCGCAGUGGGUCCAGCUGUGCCUCAAUGCCGGGCUGUUGCUGCCGCAUGCCGCGCCGUUGGUUGCGACACUUUCUACUCGCUCUAUUUCUCUCACCGACGCUGCUGGCGGGCCCGGCGGCAGCGUUGAGAAGGCGCCAUGUAGAGGAAAUGACGAAGCGGUCGCAGACGGAGCUCCGGCGUUACGCAGUGCUGAUUAUCGUAGCGAGACCCAAGAGAGAGCAGACAUGGAGAAACGGGUGGCGGAUGCGCUGGAUGACGUUGCUGCGCCAGUUGCCGCUGCAAUUCGAACCGGCGCAGACACCACGGCACUGCUCUCUUCCACGGUGUCUUCCACUCCAUUCACAGACAAUCCGGCCUCGGAAGACACCGUGCAGCCACUCUUUACGAACUCUUCGAAGACUUCACGGCUUGCGACGGCGCUGGAAGAGUAUCCGGAGGUGCGCGCAGCGCUGCAACUGGCGGAUCGGCUUGCGAUCAACGCGCCUGCCCGCCCCCACAAGAGACGACGCUAUCGUUGA